GCAGUAUCGACAUAACUACGCGACGCAGUGACAAGUGCAUGGCGUUAUUGAUUUUUUUGGGGUGCAUUUUAUUGUGUUUUGUUUGUUCAUUUGUUGAGUAAAUUGUUGUCAUUUUAAUUCUUUCGACCCAUUGAGACCCCCACAGCCACUCCAGGCGUCCAAUUGACUGUGUCGCGAGUGGAAUUUCAGCGGCAAAAUAUGUGAUUAAGUGCGAGUUGAGAGUGACCAAGAAAUUUUGCACUGGGCGGGGCACAGAGUGUUAUUUUUUGCAUUUUUCGCGCAUUUCUCGUGGUGAGAAGACGUCCGGAUCAGGACAAAGUGGUGGUAUUUGUGGUUAAGUGUUGAGAUUGCCUUCCAAAAUGAUUGCAUUUCGUGAAAUUUUGCUGGUGUUUGUCAUUCUUGAUGGUGUCGUGAGCCAAUUUCAGCCCCACUUGGAAAUUCUGCCAAUGCAAUCGGUCCAGCGGAAGCCCGUGGGAAAAUCCCUGAUGCUCACUUGUCGACCAAAUGUGCCAGAUGUUAACUUGGUGUCGGAUCUUCAAUGGAAAGAUGAUCAGAACAUGACGGUUCUGCCUAAACCACCCGGGCAACAACCUCCGCCCAUGUAUACUGAAGUCUUGCCGGGUGAUCAGAGUUUGGCAUUAUUAAUUCCCGUGCUGACGGAUACAAUGGCUGGAACUUAUUACUGUACAGCUUCGUAUGCAAAUACCGAGCUGAUGGUGCAAUCUGUAAGGAUUGAAACUUAUGUUGCUAUUACGUGGAAAGAUGCCCCUGAGAAUCAAUAUCCAAUUUUGGGAUCAGAUUAUGUGGUUAAGUGUGAGGUAACGGCAAGACCAUCUCCGUCUAUUGAUUGGCUAAGGAAUGGUGAUCCCAUUAAGACAGGAGAGAGAUAUGUUGUGAGAACUCAUGGGCUUUUAAUUCGAAAUGUUGAGGAAGCCGAUGAUGGCAUUUAUACCUGUCGAGCAGCUGUUAUUCAAACUGGUGAGCUCGUUGAGCGAAAUAUUCGUGUUGAAGUGCAAAUCAAGCCUCAGGUCUAUGGCCUUCCGAGUGUCCUGGAGACUGUUGAGGGCCAGAGUUUCUCAACAUUUUGCAAUGCUACUGGAAAACCCGUCCCUGAAUUUACUUGGGUUAAAUCCAUUGACCAACGCAAUGUUGCCAAUGCAGAUCGUUUCAUUGUCAAUUCUAUUACGGGUCAAAUGAAUAUUUUGACCGUUGACAAGGAUGACUAUGGAUACUAUACAUGCAUUGCCAAGAAUGCAGCUGGAGUAUCGGAGGCCAAGACCCUCUUGGACGUCGUUAUUCGGCCGAGGAUCUACGAAUUGUGGAAUACAACAGUGGCGGUAAAAGUUGAAGGACAACUGCUAUGCAAGGCGACAGGAAGACCUCCGCCACUCAUCACAUUCCGUCGUUGGGGCUCCACGGAGGAAUUAGUGCCUGGACCACAGCCAAAUGACGAUCGUAUAGUGCUCGAGCAGUCAUUUGACGAUGAGAGGGGAGAAUCGAGUGGAACUAUGAGGAUUCUGGAUGUUAAUAGGACAGAUGAUGGGCUUUAUGAGUGUGUGGCGAGGAAUAAGGGUGAAAGUGCAUUCAAAGUCGGUCAUAUUACGGUAGAAUAUCCACCUACUUUUGACUAUAUGAAGACCUUGCCACCGGUAUUCAGCUGGGAAGAGCGCCCAGUCAAUCUGAGUUGUUUGGCCGAAGGUAUUCCCAAUGCUACAAUCGAAUGGCGUCUCAAUGAGCGCCUUAUUACAGAUCUCUAUGAUAGAAAUUUUGAGGUUCAUGGAAGUGGUCCAAGAAGUGAUUUAAUUGUCACUCCUAUCGACAAUCACUACUAUACAGCUUACAAAUGUAUUGCGAGCAAUCGUUUGGGACGCAGUGAACAUAUAAUGCAACUCAAAUUGGCCAGAAUCCCAGAUGCAAUCCCUCAAGCUAUCCCACGAAUUGUCACAGCCACCAGUAUCACAUUUGACAUCAUUGCUCCACCAGUAGAACUUGGAAUGCCCAUAACAGCCUUUUCAGUGCAAUAUAUUAAAGAAUUGGAUCGCGAUUGGACCUAUGCCUUCAACAGAACAUGGUCCCCAGAUAGUCCCUAUAUCGUAGAGGGUCUUAUGCCCCAGACUACAUACAAUUUCCGUUUUGCUGCGAGGAAUCUGGUGGGAUUGGGUCAGUGGAGUGCAUAUAGGCUACAGUCCACUCCGAGACGAUCUGAGCCUGAACCUCCAAGGCUUCUGCACAAUCCAAUUACAGAUUCGGAGACGGAAGAUGGGGCUGAUCCUAUCGUCAUUUCUCCCUAUGCUGAUCACUUUGAGAUGCGCUGGAGCGUUCCGCCAGACAACGGAGAAUUUAUUGACUUCUACCAGUUGAGAUAUUGUCCGGGCGUCAAAGUGAAUGGUGAAUGGCACGAGACGGGUGAAUUGUGCAUAACUCGAGACAUUCACGCCACCGAGGCAACAACGUACGACAUGAGUAGUCUGCAGGCAGGAACUUACUACAGAACUGAAUUGCGAGCGCACAAUGCCAUCGGAUUCUCGGAGCCGGCCAGUCUCAUGAUAAAGACCGCUCGAGGAAAUUAUUACAACGCACAUUCACUGGGUGCUAAAUUUCAAUGGUCAUCCGCAAUUUUUCACGGAUUCAUUAUCCAGCUCUCAGUUUCAACUCUGGCAGCUGUUCUUGUGCAUCCACAGUAACUGAAAUAUUACCACUUUACAAAUUAUGAUGCUAUUUUCUUGGGAUGGUUUUCUGGUGUGUUGGUGAACGAUUAAUUGAGUAGAAUAUUAUGGUGUAUUCAGAGAGAGAGAGAGCAAAGUAAUGAAAAAAAUUAAUUAGAUGGUGAGAGAAUGUAAAGAUAGCAUUUCUUUUUUAUUCGAAAAUCUCAUUUCAUAGGUCAGAUAAAAUUGUGAAGCACAAAAGUAUGUAGAAUCUCACAAAAGAGAUGUGAAUCUCACUAUCUUUUUAGUAAAUUUUUUACAUUUAAAAAAUGUACAAAAUGAAAAAAAACCAUUUCUCAAAUUUAUUAUUACAAGAAUAAAAUAUGAGAGAAAGAAAUUUGAAAACAUGCUAACCAAAAAGAGAAUUCUUAAGAAACAAAAUCUAUCAAUUUACCGUUAAAUAGGUAUUUUACAAUUUAAUAGUUGAGAGAUACUUCGAGGAUGAUUAGAAGACUUAACGAAUGGAAUUCUUGGUGUUUUGUAUAUUUAAUUCACAGAGAAAUCUCUCGGAUUGAGUGAUGUGUUUAGAAAACACAUGUCUCACUUCUAUUCGCGAGUAUAGUCGAUUUUAAUGUCAAUAGACAGAUUUCAGGAUAAAUAUUUGGAUAUCGGAAACCACGGAUUCUUGUUUCCGAUGCGUGAUAUAAUACAGUACGAUCUAAUUGUACUGCAAAUGACUUACCAAACUUUUUUUUUUCUCCAACUAAUCGUUGAAUUUACUAAUUUCAUUUUUACUACACAGAAAAAUAUAUUUUGUAAAAUUGUUCGUAAAUGUUUGUGAAAUUCUAUGGCAGACUUACGAAAUGCUCGUGAAUCAUAUAACUCUCAAAUAAAUUCGUAAAAUUUUGUACUUUUUCACAAACAUUGUUCGUAAAAUGAUCAUUUGACGAACAUUUUUUGUACAUUUACAAACAUUUGUUCGUAAGUAUUUGUAAACACACAAAAAAUGUUCGUAAAAUUUUGGCAUUUGUUCGUAAAUUUUUGUUUGGCAAAAAUUUACGAACAAAUGACAAAAUUUUACGAACAUUUUUUUGUGUAUUUACGAACAUUUCAACACAUUUAGUUCAACACAUUUUUUCAGUUACACAUUUCAAAUUUACCGCCUCAAAAAUAUUUGCAUUACAUUCAGGGGAAUUUCAAAAUUAAUUAAAAAACUCCUAUGGAAUGCAAAGAUGAAUAGGAUUUCACAAACAUUUACGAACAAUUUUACAAAAUAUUUUUUUCUGUGUAUGAUUAAAAAAAUACUUAGGGGGAAGUGGGGCACCUUUGAAAUUUUAAUUUUUCUCAAAGUGUAUUUGCAUAAUCCCAUUACAGUAGACUCUCGCUAAUUCGGCUCUUUUAAGAUCGGACUACUUUUUAAUUCGGGCAGCAGUUAAAUUUGAAAAAAGUUUCUUGACAUUCUUCAAGUUUGAUUAUGAUUUUAUCAAAUGACGCAAAUAUGCUUAAAAUUUGCCAUGGUUUGUCUUAGUUCUGAUGUGUUUUUGAAUUAUUAAGGGGUUUUCAUGAAAUUUUCCAUAAAAUAUGAUUAUGUAAACUCAAUAUAUGUAUGCAGAUGAAUACAAAAUCGUUGCAUUUAAAAACAUUUGUCGCCCGAAUUUCUCUAAUUCGGGUGACAUUUUGGUCCCAAAUGCCCGAAUUUGUGAGAGUCUACUGUAUAUGCAUAAUGCCCUAGAAACAUUUACGACUUAAGCCGAGAGACGGCUUAAUGUAUUAUAAUCAAAAUAAUGAUUAAAUUACAUUUCCAUCAGUUUCGUACUAAUCCGUUUCUCGACUCAAACCAAGAUAUGGCUCAGUUAGUGGAGAACUGAUAAGAAUUUAGUCAAAUCAUUAUUUUGAUUAUAAUUACGUUGAGUCGUCUUUCGGCUUAAGUCGUAAGCGUACCUAGGGCAUAAUUCCGAGACCCCCUUGUAUUAAAGACGCGUUUUAAAUGUCUUUAUACAAAAAGAGCAUUAACUAGUAACAAAUGAAAACAUAUUAAUUUCACAAAGUGAGACCUUACAAAUUUUAAGCGACGUUUUCAAAAUUAUUGCUGACCUUUAAAGAUAAGUACCUAGUACCUGGCAUUUUAUAUUAUUUCCCAAAUAGGUUCAAAAUUAUUUCAAUAGACAGUUUUUCGAAAGAGGAUUUAAUUUAAUUACGAAAAUAAAAUUGUGUUUCAAACACAAAACGAAUCAAUUUACGCAUUUAAGUAUAAUAAGAAUAAUAAUGUUUCAUGCAUAACAUUACUGCUCACUGAAUUCUGUUUAAAUAUUUUUAACUCUAUAACGGUGUUUUCUUUAAUAUACGAAAAAAAGUUCUAAAACAAUGUUUUCUAGGAUAAUUAUGAUCCAAUAAAGUCGAAAAAAUCAUCCAUUCUUCAUUAUCUUUUUCAGUUUAGGCGCUAGGUGAGAAAAUACAAAAAUUUUUUGAAACUCUUUUUGCUCCUAAAAUUCACAUUUUUAGUUUUUUUCGAUUUUUUUAAAUAAAAUACACAAAGUAGAAUGACAUAUCUUUCAGUAAAAAAUAAAUUUAUUUUAGUCAGAUAACUUUAAAUCGGUAUUUUUAUGGAAAUUGGAAAUGAGUUUUUUUGCACAAAUAUUUUUUGUUGCUUUUUCUCUGACCUGUCACACAAAACUAAGAAUAGCAACAAAACGAAGAGUCAAAAUAAGUUCAAACUUUCAAGAGAUGUUUAUAAGACUAUUACCGAGGACACUAUAGCACUUUUAAAUAAAUAAAACCUUUAUUGUCGCUGUAAAUGUGAUUUUUGUGAAGAUCGCCUGGAGGCGGUCUUACCCGUUAGAGGGUUAAUCCCACAAAAUUUCCCGUGAUCUAAUGGAGAUUCGAACUCGGGACACUUGUAUCGUACAGCGAAUGCUUUACCACUUUACCCAUUACGUGCUUAAUUUCAUUUAAUUUUAUCAGGAAAUUUACUGCAAUUAAUAUUCUGCAUUUAAUGCUACUUUGACUUUAAAAAGUGCCGCGUGCGGAUGACUUUGGGCUCCGAAGAUAGCUUCUGCCCUCUCGUUCGUAAGCUUUACUUUAAUUCUAGCACUUAAGGAUGAUCUUUGCCGAUCCGAUUUACCAUAUCGGAUCAGCGAGGACAAGUGCUAGAAUAAAAAAAAAAGUUUACGAGCUGAAGAGGGAAACAAAGUCUCCCGCGUCUACGGAAAUUAAAAUAUUGCAUUUCUUAAGUUUAGAAGAUACUUCUAAUGCUUCUAAUCAUCCUUGGAUUUAUUUUUUCAAAUUAGUGAUAUAAAAGAUGUAAAGCUGAUACAGCAAAGUAACUUGCCUGAAGUUAUUCUGUGAAAUGAAAUUUCACUAGAGAAUGGAUACAAUAUAUUAUGAGAAAAAUCAAAAUUUGUAAAUUAGUGCAAAUUGUAAGGAGAGGACAACUGAAAGAGAAUUUAUUAUAGAUUGAAAAGUGUGUCAAUAUUACAGGAAAAAAAAACAGUAAAUAAUAUACUUAAAGUAAAUACUUAAGAUCAAACUGAAAGAUAUAUUUUUGGACAAUAUUAAUCAAUGUAAAAUGUGUGAGAAAGAAGAGGCAGGAAAAAAGUGAAAAUUUUGGUGAAAUCUAAAUCGCAAAGCUAAUGAGAGAAUAUUUUUAAGUAUAUAUGAUAUGCUAUAAAUAAUCUCAAGUGUUCUCUUUGCCAAUAUAUCAUAAAAAUAUAGGGAAAGGAUGGCUAUUUUAGACCAGCAUGUGAUUAUUAUUAUUAAAAUCAUGUGUCUUUGAAAAUUGUUUGACAAGAGAAUGAAGAAAAAAAAUUGUUAGACAUUGAUGAUAUUAAUAGAAGAAAAAAAAAGUUGAUGAAGUAAAAAAGAAA